GUUCAGAGUGCGAUGCGAGGGACAAGCAGCGAUCUUCGUCCGCCACCUCGCCUUGUGUCGUACGAACCGCCAAAACGCCGCGUGUUGCGCCACACAAAGACGUCUGUCUCGCCGUUCCAAGUCGAGUCGAUCGCGGAGCAUCGUAGCCUCAUGUAUGCCUCGAGCGCGUCGUACCAGCCAUCGCUGAACCCCGGGCUUCAGUACCUCAAAUCCAUCUUGCAUAAAGACGCCUCGAUUGCUGGCAGCGACGUUGUCCGCAACCACUUUCGGUCGCUGGAGGAGCGCGACGACGCAGAGACGCGUGAACAGUCACGGCAGCGAGAGGCCGCCGCGCGCCAAGCGAUGAUGGCCGUGGAUGCCGAGAGCGCCGCGUUUCAUGCAUUUGAAACCAAGCGGCUCGCGGACGUGCUCGCUGCCUAUUUGACGGCGCAGAACGAGGCGUAUUUGCAUCACGUGCAGGCCCGGCGCGAGCACCUCUACCGCGAUUCUCAGGCGUGGCACGACCGGUCCCGCGUCUGCGACUGGACGUGUGAUCACUGCGGCGCGCACAACGUACGUCUCGUGUAUCGCUGUGAACGCUGCAACGAAGGGCACCGUGAAAUGCAAGAGGCCUCGCUCGGGCUAUGGGAGCUCGACCGCGCGGGGGCUACGGAUGCGUUUGGUGCUGGUCAGUACCGCAUUGAUCGCGUCCAAAGCAGCAGUCUUGGCCGCGAUCCAUUCCAACUGGUUGUGUUUGAAGUGCCGCCCCGCAAGUGGUGGCAAGUGCCCGUGCUUCGGCGGUCGCCAAAAGAUCGCACCGGGCUUCGUAUUGUGGUAGGGCAAGCAGAAGUGAUUGGGACGGUCGACGCCACCGGCCUCGUGAUUGAGUGGAACGACGGCAUGCGCUGGCGCCGAAGGCGAAGACUUAUGUGGCACCGCGAGGUUGCCUCGGUCGUCACACCGCGUGCGAUCGCCAAACAGCUCGAGCGCAUCGAUGGACUCGCACCACUGGACGCGGUGCUGCUAGCGAUGCGACAGAACAAGAGCGCCGAAGUGCAAACGACGGGGUCCUUGGCGAUCUGCAAAGCAAUUCUCUCGGAGUCCGAGAUCUUUUAUCGCGUUUCGAUUGCGCUCUCGAUCCAUCGGUCUGUGGUCACAGCCGUCUACGCUGCGACGAGUGUUCUCGUGACGUAUCUCGAGUCGUCGGACGAGGCGAUGAUUCCACGCGAUCUAUUGCGCUGCAUCCCGCUUCUGAUCUGCGUUGCGUGCGGCCACACUGCCAAAUCGGUCGUGCGCCGAACGAUCGAGGUGCUCGUUAUUGUGGUCGAGCGAGGACAUGGUGGCUUUGUGCAUGCCUGCACGCGCCACGUCGCAAGCUACCGCGGACAUGCUUCUCCACUGUCCAUCGAGCUGCGCAUCUACCUCGAUUCGAUGCAGACGCACGCGCUACCGGACGCCUCGCUCGUGGACGCGCUCGGCUGUGUUGCGCUGGGUCCGUUGUGA